GAAGCUGAUGGAAGCACUUCCGGUUUACUUCCGCAAGGUGCAGGACGAGGCUGUGGUCGGAGAGAGAGUGAGAUGAAGGAAGGAGGUAUAGAAACGAGGGACGUUCCAGAAAAAGAGAGAAAGAAAAAGAAGAUGAAGAGAGCAAAAGAGGAAGCAGAAGAAGAGAGCCAGGAAGGUAUAGAAACGAGGGACGGAGGAGUUCCGGACAAAAAGGACAAGAAAAAGUUAAAGAAGGAUUUGAGAGAGGAAGAGCUGGAGGAGGAUAAAGCUGAGGAGCUUCUGAAGCCGAAAAAGAAAAAGAACAAAAAGACGGAGGAGGAAGAGGGAGCGGUGAAUCGUGGAGAAGGAGAGAAAAAGAAGAAGAAGAAGAAGAAGGCAAAGGAGGAUGAAGAAGAUGAAGAGACAGAGGAAGUUUGUGAGGAGAAAAAGAAGAAAUCUGAGAGGAACUCUGAGGAGAGCGGCUCGAGCAGCAUCGAAGAAACGUCACACAGAUCUGAGAAGAGGAAAAGAAAGAAAGAGAAGGGAGGAGGAGAGGAUGGAGGAGAGGAGACCACAGAACUGGAGCUGAACAGAGAGACGGAGAGAAAGAAGAAGAAAAAGAAGAAAGCGGGAGAGCAGGAGAGAGAAAUUGACCAGCAGGAGGAGGAGGGAGGAGAAAAGAUGAGGAAGAAAAAGAAGAAGCGAAAGGAGAAAGAAGUGGAGGAGGAGGAAGAGGAGGAGGAGAGAGAGACGGAGGAAGACGUGCAGACUUCAGCUUUACAGAAGGACAAAGAACCACAAUCCAAAUCAAAUUUCGGUCAGUGGGACACAGCGCAGUUCGACAGCUCCGAGCGGCAGAUGAAGUUCCUUCGGCUGAUGGGGGGCUUAAAGAAAGGCCCCCAGGGGGCGGGGCAGAGUGCCGGCCGCUUCAACAUGGCUCUGGGAAAGGAGGGGCAGCAGAACCUGCAGCAAGGCCUCAUGGGAGAGUUCGAGCGGGCACAGAACCGGAGAAUGGACUUUCAGAACCGAGGGGCGGGGCUUGGGUUCUCAGCGCUGCUGGAGAAGAAGUUUCAUAUUGACGCCAACGCUCGGAGUGAGAACUCCACACGCUUCGAUGACUGAGCGGAGCGGAGUCAAACACUGUGUGUGUGUGUGUGUGUGUG